AUCUUUUGCGAAUCAAAAGCGCAUCAUUUCUACAUUUUUUACAUUUGUUGGCUUUGCGAUUAAAUUUUCAUUCGAUCUACAUACUGUCAAUUUGAAUUUGAGUAAUUUAACAUAGAGCGCUCAAUAAAAUCUUAAGCCGUCGAACUGUCCUUCAUAAAUCCAAGAAUCAUCAUCGCUGCCGCCGUCACCAUCGCCAUCAACCACACACGCGCAAAUUUCCUCCCGACUCCUCACACCCACACCCACACCCAGAUUGACAAUCAUCUCACCUCUCCCAAACAAAAAAGCAACAAAAUGCCCUGCUAUACACCCUCCCACAACGUCGUCCACCCCGAAAUCUUCAUCGACUUCGAAUCCCACUAUCGCGAACUCUACGAACUCGUUCUCCACUACCGCAAUGUCCUUGGUAACGACUCGAUCUUGGGUAUUCUGCGCUCUGCUCUCGACGAUGUCGAUACGCGGAUCGAAGAUGCAUUGCGCUUGAAAACUUUGGUUGUGCGAUGUCAUUUUUAUGGGAGACCGAGACUUCGUGGAAUGUAUAAGCAAUUAAUUCGAACGUUGAGAGCUAUACACGCGGAUUUAUUGGAGUGCAUGUAUAUUUAUGAUGGGAAUUGAAGUUGAAGUUGAAGUUGAAGUUGAAACGAAGGGGAAACUGGAGGCUGUAGGAUGGGAGUUAAGGCUUGGAGAGUUGUUAUUUUGGGGUUUGGGAUCUUGGAAUAAUGGGUUAUCGAAAAUGGGAGUAUGGAUGAAUAUAAACUGGGUUAUGAGCGUCUGCGAUGGAAUGAUUUCUAUGAGAGGGAAGGGCCUUUGUGGA